AUGGCAGAGAUCCUGAAGCCGGUCCCGCAAGAGGACCUGAAGCUGGCAGAAAAGAGUGAAAACUCCAUCGACAGCGCUACCCCUGAGGCUGCCGUCAUUGACCACAAUCCAGCGCUAGACAGGAAGCUGCUAUGGCGACGAGAUCUAGUCUUGAUCCCUAUCAUGGGUGUGCUCUACAUGCUUCUCUUCCUGGAUAGAACGAACAUUGCCAAUGCUCGUGCACUGGGAAUAGGUUCACCAAAUGGCUUGGAGGGCGCCCUUGGCAUGCCCUCCAAUGGCUAUAACGUCGCCCUGGUCAUCUUCUACGUGCCAUUCGUACUAGCUGAAAUCCCAGCCAACAUCAUCCUCACCAACAGCCAAAUCCCGCCGCGUUUCCUUCUUGGAGGGCAAAUGGUGAUUCUUGGUAUCCUCGGCAUGUGUCAAGGCUUGACCAAGUCAUAUGGAGGCCUUUUGGCUGUCCGAUUCCUCAUGGGAACUUUUGAAGCCGCCUUACCCGCGGGAGCAACGUACAUGAUCUCAAUGUACUACACCAAGAAGGAAGCCGCCAUUCGGUUCUCUUGGUUCUUCAAUUUCGCCCUAGCAGGUCCGUUCUUUUCGGGUCUCUUGGCAUAUGCCAUUAAUAAUAUCGACGGCGCUGGAGGUUAUCAAGGAUGGCGAUGGAUUUUCAUCAUCGAAGGAUUAAUGACUAUUGUAAUCGCCAUUCCGAUAUUGUUGUUCUGUCCCAACUUUCCCCAACAGGCCCAGCACUGGUUCUUGAAGCCCGAAGAACGCGAUCGUGUGGUGCGCCACCUGGAAGCAUCCCGCGGGGCUGAAGUCAAGGGAUCUCCGGUGGAUAACGUGCCCUGGUGGAAGGUUCUGCUCGAUUGGCGCAUCCACUUGUUCACCAUGUGUUUCUUUUGCUGCGACAUUACAGCCGCUUCCAUUUCUGCAUUCUCGCCGACCAUCUUGACCGAGCUCGGUUGGACAAACACGGUGGCUCAAUUGAUGACGAUGCCGGUCUGGGCAUCUGGAAUCAUCUCGUCCUUUACCGUCACGUAUCUGGCAUCUCGGUUCAACUUCCGGACCCCCUUUGUGAUUGGUGCCAUCUGCUGCCAGCUCGUCGGGUGGAUCAUCAUGCGCGUCUAUGUCCCUCAAGCUGGUGUUCGCUAUCUCGCCCUAUUCUUCAUGUCCAUGGGCACGUUUCCACAGAUGCCCAUCUUCAUGGCCUGGCUAUCGGCCAACCUGCGCGGCCACAAGUAUCUGGCCGUGGGUAUGGCGUGGAUGGUUGGCUUUGGAAACUGCGCCAACUUUAUCUCGUCCAAUGUUUUCAUCAAGGCCGAAGCUCCUAGAUAUGUCACGGGCUUCACAAAUGGUCUCGUGUUUACAAUUGUCGGGAUGCUGUUGACGCUGACAGGAUGCGCAUUGUUGGUGGUAAAGAACAAGAAGCGCGAGGCGGCUCGAGCGCGCAUGACUGAUUCGGAACGGGAGGCGUAUGAUGAUGUGUAUUUUAAGUUUGUUUUGUGA